AUGGCGCCAAAGGCAGAGAAAAAGCCGGCAGAGAAGAAGCCAGUGAUGGCGGAGAAAAAGCCACCGAAGGCGGAAAAGAAGAUUCCCAAGGAAGGCGAUGCAAAGAAGAAGAAGAAGGUGAAGAAAAGCAUCGAGACGUACAAGAUUUACAUAUUCAAGGUUUUGAAGCAGGUGCAUCCUGACAUUGGUAUUUCAAGCAAGGCUAUGGGAAUUAUGAACAGUUUCAUCAAUGAUAUUUUCGAGAAACUUGCAAUGGAGUCAUCUCGUUUGGCUCGCUACAAUAAGAAGCCGACAAUCACCUCUCGUGAGAUCCAGACUGCGGUUAGGCUGGUUUUGCCUGGUGAACUGGCGAAACAUGCUGUUUCGGAAGGCACCAAAGCGGUCACCAAAUUCACCAGUUCUUAG